AUGGCCAGUCACUUCCGUAGCUACAUCUGGGACCCAGUUCUCAUCGUGGGCCAGAUUGUGUUGAUGCAGUGCAUCUACUACAGCUUCUUGGGCCUGUGGUUGGCCGGAUUGGACAGUCUGGUGCCAAUCAGUCGAUCACUGGACCAGAUCUUCAGCUAUGAAGCGUUUGGCUUUGCAACAAUGCAAGGAAGACUUUCAAUGAUGGCGUUCAUCUUAAACUCUCUCACCUGCUCUCUUGGUCUGUGGUUUUUCAUACGACGAGGGAAACAGUGUCUGGACUUCACGGUCACCGUGCAUUUCUUCCACAUGAUCGGCUGCUGGAUCUAUAACGCUCAUUUUCCAACUGCCCUGUCCUGGUGGCUGGUCAAUGUCGCCUGCACGGCCUUGAUGGCUUUAACUGGAGAGUACUUGUGCAUGCGAACUGAGCUCAGGGCCAUUCCAGUCAAUUGUGGACCCAAAUCUAACAUGUGA